GGAAGAAUGGUUAGGAGGCAGCUGUGGUUCCAGAAGUCUGUCUGGGGCUCUGUAUUUAAAGGACAAGGGGUUGGAGAAAUGUUAGAAAAGGUAAGGAUAGCUGCCCCUCUGAAAUGGCUGAAUGCAAUGUGAAUCCAAGGGCAGGGACGGUGAUAUUUUUAUUCCUUGUCACUCACAAGUGUACUGAACAUUCACAUUGAGGGGGGAGCAGAUUGAGAGAAAGAGAGAGACAAGCUGGACAGAGGGCAAUUCAGAGAGAGGCACACAUGGGCAGACACUGAGGGUGGCAGGAAGGGGGAGAGGAGGGACAGAAAGUCACAGACACCAAGAAAAUGAGAGAAAUAAGACAAAAGGCAAGAUUGAGGUCAUGUUGUGAAGAAUAGGAGGAGGAAAAGGACAGACACCAAGGAUACCAAUACCCAGAGAUGUCAAACAGGCACAGACCAAAGCACAGAUCAGGAGCCCAGAAAGAUGGUAAGACAGAAAAUCCAACAUAAAACCUAAUCUAUAAUUCCCCCACAGGAUCAGCAAGCAAGAAGUAGAAACCUGUUUCCACCUAGAGCCCAUAACCUCCACAUAAGAGGCAGAGACAGCUGAUGGCAAAAUUCAAGGGCUGGAGGUUCAGUCUGGAACUGGGAUCCACAGGGCUUGCUUUGUGGGUCCCAAACCCCUUGCCCAGCCCCCAGUACUUCCUUCUCAGGAUCCAGGACAAUGGGCAGGGGAGGGUGGGGUCAUCCUGUAUCCAUCAUACCAAGCCCAGAGCUCCACCCUGGGGGACCCAGAAUACCUGUGGGGGGAGGGGGAGUGGGGUGGUCCUUAAAAGGGAUGAGAGGAGAAAGGAAGAAGACUGGUCUCAGCCCCAGCCUGGGACUAGUGCUAUGGCGUCCACUGCCCAGGGGAAGGUGCCAGGCUGGAGCCUAGGAAUGUGGGUGAUCAGGUGCCCACACCUAGGGAGAGUCUGGGCAGCCCACACCCACAGACAACAGGGUGAGGACUAUGGAAAGGGUCCAGAGAUGACGGGUCCUCACCUAUGGCCUCAAAGACCUCUUAACCUCUGUCAUGCUAGGCCUCACCUCACCAGCCUACUUCCUAGGCAGAGCAUGGGAGGGAUGCAAGGGCUGGUCUGUCCCAGGACAGGAAGGGAGUAGCCGAAAUCACAGAAGCUGGCUAAGGAAGAACAGCUCUGACACCCCCUCCCCCCCAGACCCUGACCAGGGGAGGGAAGGACACGGGUGGCAACACACAAUAGUAUGCCUUUGCAGCUACUAAAAUAGGGGCACGGCCAGGGGAUAGUGGGGUAAGGAAAUAGGCGGUAGGUACAGGGCCUGCCAAUGCAGCUUUAAGGGCACAGUGAGUACAGGGAAGAGCCCGAGGCUGGGGUGGGGCCGACCGACCCUAAAAGGACCUCCGGUCACCUGCACCUUGCCCAUCAUGCAGUUCUCUAACAGCCCCCAACCAGGUCUCGCCGGGCGGCCAUGAGAACCCAGUUCUCUUGUCCAGCCCACCGACGGCUGCCCGAGGCCUGGCACCUCUCUGCGCCUCCGCGGGACAAAUAGCACAUGAUCCCAACUCUCGCGUCUAGCCGGCCCCCGCCGGGUCGUGCACACCGGACCCCCGCUCCCCUCCUCGGCUCCCCCAAGCCAAACGCAUUCCUCCGCUGGCCUUAAACUCAUGAUCCUCCUGCCUCAGCUUCCCAAGAGUUAGUAUUAAAGGCAUUUCAUGAGUGAAUGAUUCAUUUUCCAUUUUCCUCCAAGCACCAACAAGGAGAUUCAGAACAGUUCCCUAGCCCAGUCCAGUCAUGCAGGUACAGGAAGAUAGAGACAACCUCAUGCCCUUUGCCAAAUGUUCCAGGGUGGUCAGCCGAUCUCUACCCCCAAGCCUGCCUUCCCAGAACCUCAGAUUGAUGCCCCAAAAUUAUGGAGAUGUCUUCUGGGAGAACCUUAGCCAAAGGUCCAGCCCCAACUGGAUGGAGGAACAGUACAUUCCACCCCUGCUGAGAGCCACUGGUUGCUCCCAGCCUGGCUUAUAUCCUCCUGAGGGGCUCCCACCUCCUGAGAUGCUUUGCAGAAGAAAGAGAAGGAGGCUGCAAUUGGAAGGGAUGCAGCAGGGUUCUGGGGUCAUCCCAGCCAGAGUAAGAGCUGUCACUUAUCACCUGGAGGACCUGAGGAGGCGCCAGAGAACCAUCAAUGAGCUGAAGAAGGCCCAGUGGGGCAGCUGCAGGGCUGCAUCUGAGCCCCUGGUGCUUGAUGAAGAGGAUAGUGGAUUCUCCAGCACCAAUGAGUAUUCUGAUCUGGAAGAGAAGGCAACCUAUCCACAGGAAAAGAACCAUUUUGUCUCCCCUGGCGGGGCCCAGCUGCUUUGGUCUCCAUGGAGUCCUCCGGGCCAGGAGGGGGCCUGUGCCUGGGGGCGGCUGAGCUCUCUGGCCUACAGCACUGUUACAGCCAGGAGAAAUCCCUUUUACAGUCGCUGGGGGAUGAAGUUGGCGUCUGAAGAGUAAGGAGAAACCAUCCGUGCCCAGGACCAGUCCCAUCACCAGAAUCAUCACGUUGCUGGCUUGUGGGCGUUUCCCUUCCCUUAGCAGUCACAGACCCCCCCUUGGGCUCCCAUCGCAACCGUCCCCGAAGGGAACUCCCCAGGCCCGGAUUAUCCCCGGGGCCCCGCCCUGGACAUGUGUUAUUCUCACUGUUGUCAUUAAAGAGCAAACAAGCAGAACCUAGGGU